GGCUGAGCCAGUCUCUCCCGCCGCCGCCGGACGCGCAGACCUGGGCCGGCUGCACCGACGGCCGCCCGGCCGAGCGCAUUGCGGGUCGCUGUGCGCGCUGCGACCCGGGGCCGGGACACGAGCGGCUGCGGUGUCCUGGGCGAGCGCUGCUAGCUUAGGCCGUCCGUCCGUCCGUCCGUCCGUCCUCAGCUACUGGAAGCCCCACACCCCACCAUGUCUGGGCAGCUGAAGAGAAAGUUUGACCAGCUGGAAGAGCAUGACUCCAGCUCCUCUGGCAGUCUGUCUCUCUACUCUUCCCCCGUCUCUUCUGCCUCCCCUGCCUGGAACUUUGAUGAGGAGGGACCGGGUGGUCAGGCACCACAGCCUGAUCAGGACUCCUGUGGGCCCCAGAGUUUCACUCGCCCGUCCAUCCUGAAGCGGGCUCCUCGGGUGAAGCGGGCUCAUCGGGAGCGUCCGGGUCAUGUGGCCUUUGAUGGCAUCACCGUCUACUAUUUCCCACGGUGCCAGGGAUUCACCAGUGUGCCCAGCCGUGGUGGCUGUACCCUGGGCAUGGCUUCUCGUCACAGCACCUGCCGCCUUUUCUCCUUAGCUGAGUUUACACAGGAGCAGACCCGGGCUCGGCGUGAGAAGCUCCGUUGCCGCUUAAAGGAGGAGAAACUGGAGAUGCUGAAGUGGAAGCUUUCGGUGGCUGGAGUUCCGGAGACGGGGGCAGGCGUGCCCCUCACAGCGGAUGCCAUCGAUGACGCCUCUGUAGAGGAGGACUUGGCAGUGGCUGUGGCAAGUGGCCGCCUGGAGGAAGCGAAUUUCCUACAGCCCCACCCACCUCGGCAGCGACGGGCCCUACUUCGGGCUUCGGGUGUUCGAAGGAUUGACCGAGAGGAGAAGCGUGAGCUGCAGGCGCUGCGCCAAUCCCGGGAGGAUUGUGGUUGUCACUGUGAUGGCGUCUGUGAUCCUGAGACCUGCAGUUGCAGCCUGGCCGGCAUUAAGUGUCAGAUGGAUCAUACGUCCUUCCCGUGUGGCUGCCGCAGGGAGGGCUGUGAGAACCCCAAUGGUCGAGUGGAAUUCAAUCAGACAAGAGUUCAGACGCACUUCCUCCACACGCUCACCCGCCUGCAGAUGGAGCAGGGUGCCGAGAGCUUGGGGGACCCGGAGUCCCCCGUGGAGGACACACCUGUUGAACAAACCCUGCUUUCCCCCUUUCCGCCUUCCAAGCCCCCUGUGAGCAGUGAGUUGGGGGACAACAGCUGUGGCAGCGACAUGACAGACUCUUCCACGACCUCAUCCUCUGGCAGCAGUGAGCCUCCAAACCACCUUGCCCACCCAAGCCUGCCGGGUCCCAACUCUCGGUCCGGCGUAGAUGAAGACAGCCUGGAACAGAUCCUGAAUUUCAGUGACUCUGACCUCGGUAUUGAGGAAGAGGAGGAGGAGGGAGGGGGUGUGGGCAACUUGGAUAACCUCAGCUGCUUCCAUCUGGCUGACAUCUUUGGUACCAGUGACCCCGGCAGCCUGGCCAGCUGGACUCACAGCCAGUCUGGCUCUAGCCUGGCAUCGGGCAUCCUCGAUGAGAAUGCCAACCUGGACGCCAGCUGCUUCCUAAACAGUGGACUUGGAGGGUUGAGAGCAGGGAGUCUCCCAGGCAGUUCUGGGUCCCCUGAGGGGGGCGCCGUGCAGAGCAGCUCCUUGGACCUCAGCGUAUCCUCCUGUGACUCCUUUGAGCUUCUCCAGGCUCUGCCAGAUUAUAGUCUGGGACCUCACUACACUUCCCGAAGGGUGUCGGGCAGCCUGGACGGCCUUGAGACCUUCCACCCUUCGCCCAGCUUCUCUCCGCCGAGGGAUGCCAGCACUUGCUUCCUGGAGUCUCUCAUGGGCCUGUCUGAGCCGGUUACAGAUGCCCUGACACCCCUUCUGGAGAGCCAGUUUGAGGACACUGCCUUGGCACCUUUGAUGGAGCCUGUGCCAGUAUAAGGAUUAAGGUGCCUUUUUCCUGCCCUGAGACCCUGUUGCUGCUUUUUAUGUGAUCUUGGGGUUCCCCAAGGUCUAUGUAUGUGACGGUCUCCUAUGGGCUUGGUCCUGCCCGCAGUGCUAUGUGGGCACACUCUAUUUUUACAUUAACACUCUGAAUUUAUUUAUUUUUUUAUGGUUUUUUUUCUGUACUGAAGGGAGGGUGGGGAGGGUACCCCUCUUUCGAUGCCUGGUCUGUUUAUGUCCAAACAGAGGUCUUCCGCCUCCUAUUGUAUGCCUGAAGGAGGAAGGGGCGGGGCUCUCCUGGAGCCUUGCAUCCUCUCUUUCUGUACUGUAAAGAUGCUCCUUGGUCCAAAGACAGCGGCAGCUGAGCGCAGGGCCUUACGGUUUUCUGGGAACCAUAGGAGCUAGGUUUUCCAGACUGUGAAGAUGUAAUUUAUUUGUGUAAUUUAUUUGGGGACUGAGACAGCGGUUGAGCCUCUCCGGUGGGUGGGCAGCGCUGGGGCUGAUGCCCUGCCAGUCUGCGCUUUGGUGUGGUGUGUGGGUUUGAGCUUAUGACCUCCCGUAUCAAACAGCAGCCUGGCUCAGCUGAGCAGACAGAGGCUGCGCUUGACCAGUGGUGACCAAAACCCCCUCUGCCCCCUGCCCAGACACUCUGUUUGCCCUCUGUCCAAUUCCCACUCCCCAAGGCCAUGGGUUAUAAAGCCCCUCUGUAGGAUGGCGAGCCAGAGGCCCCAAAAUGGGCAUCAGGCUUGCCUAGCAUAACCCAGAUCACUGUCUCAAGCCUUUCUGGGCACUGAAUCCAUCCUGGCCCACCACACCCCCCCAGGCCAGUUGGCAAGGGUUGGCUCUUGAGGGCUCUUAUGCCCUUCAUUAGCUGAUGUUGGAUUUUAUAUGCAUUUUUAUAUUGUCUCUAAGUGUCAGAACUAUAAUUUAUUCAUUUCUUUGUGUGUGUAUGUGUGUAUGUGUGUGCCAAGAAAUGCAGGCUCUGGGCCUGCCUCCUAGCCCAGGAGGCCUUGCCAGCCUGUGUGCUUGUGGGAACACAUUGUACCUGAGCUGACAGGUACCAAUAAAGACUCUCUAUUUUUAA